CAGAGCUGGAGGGACGCGAGGGCGGCGCCCGGGGAUUUGAGCCGAGAGAAGCCGAGCGAGCUUAAGAGGUAGGGCAUCCGGUACAGAGCUGUGGGCCAGGGGGCAGGCACCAUGGGCCCAUGCUUGGGCAUCUGGCUGGUGGCAUCGGCACUGCUGGGCCUGGGCUAUGGGGACAAUGCCUGGUGGAACCUUGUGCCUAGGAAGACGGUGUCCUAUGGGGAGUUGGCAGCUGUGGUGAAACGGUUCUCUCAAGUGGGCAUCCAAGACUUUCUAACGCUGACAUUGGCUGAAAGCAAUGGGGUCCUCUAUGUGGGGGCUCGAGAAGCCCUUUUUGCCCUCAGCUUGGAGACCCUGGAGCUGCAAUCUUCGAUCACAUGGGAGGCUACUGUGGAGAAGAAGGCUGAAUGUAUCCAGAAGGGGAAGAGCAAUCAGACGGAAUGUUUCAACUUCAUCCGCUUCCUGCAGCCAUACAACUCUUCUCAUUUGUAUACUUGUGGCACCUAUGCCUUCCAGCCCAAGUGCACCUACAUUGAUGUACUCACCUUCUCUCUGGAGCACGGGGAGCUUGAAGAUGGGAAAGGCAAAUGUCCCUAUGACCCAGCCAAAGGCCACACUGGCCUCAUUGUGGAUGGUGAACUGUACUCAGCAACACUCAACAACUUUCUGGGGACAGAGCCAGUAAUUCUGCGCAAUCUAGGGCCUCACUACUCCAUGAAGAAUGAAUACCUUUACUCCUGGCUCAAUGAACCCCAUUUUGUAGGCUCUGCCUAUGUGCCAGAAAGCGUGGGGAGCCUCACGGGUGAUGAUGACAAGAUCUACUUCUUCUUCAGUGAGCGGGCCGUUGAAUAUAACUGCUAUGCUGAGCAGGUGGUAGCUCGAGUGGCUCGAGUUUGCAAGGGAGAUAUGGGGGGUGCGAGGACAUUGCAGAAGAAGUGGACCACGUUCUUGAAGGCACGACUAGUAUGUGCUGCUCCUGAUCGGCAGUUGUACUUCAAUCAACUUCAGGCCCUGCACACCCUGCAAGAAGAUGGCUGGCCCAACACAACCUUCUUUGGGGUCUUUCGGGCCCGAUGGGGAGACGUGGACCUGUCAGCCGUGUGCCAGUACCAACUGGAGGACAUCCAGCGCGUGUUUGAGGGGCCCUACAAAGAGUAUCAGCAACAAGCACAAAAGUGGGGCCCUUAUACCGACCCGGUCCCGAGUCCUCGGCCUGGCUCCUGCAUCAACAACUGGCACCGACGUCAUGGCUACACCAGUUCUCUGGAGUUGCCUGAUAACACCCUUAACUUUGCUAAGAAACACCCACUGAUGGAGGGACAGGUGGCACCUCGCUGGGGUCGGCCCCUGCUGGUGAAGAAGGAUACCAAUUUCACUCACCUGGUGGCUGAUCAAGUGAAGGGGCUUGAUGAUGUGACCUAUGAUGUGCUUUUCAUUGGGACAGGGGACGGCUGGCUCUACAAGGCUGUGAACUUGGGUGCUUGGGUCCAUGUGAUUGAGGAGUUACAGGUGUUUGAUAAGGAACCAGUAGAGAGCCUUGUCUUGUCCUACGACAAGAAGCUGCUCUUUGCUGGCUCCCGGUCACAGCUGGCUCAGCUCCCCCUUGCUGACUGCAGCAAGUACAGGUCCUGUGCCGACUGUAUCCUUUCUCGUGAUCCCUACUGCGCUUGGAGCACCAACACAAGUCGAUGCAUGCCCCUUCACGGGCACCUUAAAUCUCUAUUUAUCCAGGAUGUGGUCAACUCAAAUACAGGCCUUUGCAACCUCCGACCCAGCAAGAAAGUCAAAAUUACUCCCAAGAACAUCACUGUGGUGGCAGGUACAGAUUUAGUGCUCCCGUGCCGCUUGUCCUCCAACCUGGCACAUGCUCGUUGGACUUUCGGAGGCCGAGAACUUCCGGCUGAGCAGCCUGGUUCGCUGCUCUAUGAUGUCCGGCUGCAGGCCCUGGUGGUGUUGGCAGCCCAGCCUCGCCAUGCGGGUGCCUAUCACUGUUUCUCUGAGGAGCAGGGGGCACGGCUGGCCGCCGAGGGCUACCUGGUGGCAGUCGUAGCCGGGCCGUCGGUGACGCUGGAGACCCGAGCCCCCUUGGAGAAUCUGGGCUUGGUAUGGCUUGCAGUCGUGGCCCUGGGGGCCUUGUGCUUGGUGCUGCUGCUGCUCGUGUUGUCCCUUCGACGGAGAUUGAGGGAAGAGUUAGAAAAAGGGGCUAAAGCAGCUGAGAGAACCCUGGUAUACCCACUGGAGUUGCCCAAGGAGCCCACCAACCCCCCCUUCCGGCCUGGGACCAACACAGACGAGAAACUCUGGGACCCGGUGGGCUAUUACUACUCUGACGGUUCGCUAAAGAUUGUACCUGGCCAUGCCCGCUGCCAGCCGGGCGGAGGACCCCCUUCUCCACCUCCUGGCAUCCCAGGCCAGCCCCUGCCUUCCCCAACCCGCCUCCACUUAGGGGGUGGACGCAACUCAAAUGCCAAUGGUUACGUGAGGCUGCAGCUAGGCGGGGAUGAGCGUGCUGGCCCUGUGCAUCCUUUGCCAGAGUUAGCAGAUGAACUGAGACGAAAACUGCAGCAGCGCCAGCCAUUGCCUGACUCAAACCCUGAAGAGUCAUCUGUAUGAGAGGAGCCCCCCCACGAUGGGGGGGUGCAGCUCCGACUUUUGCACAGGCACCAGCUACCUCAGGGACAUGGCUGCAGGCACCCGCUUUGCCUGGGAUAGACCCUAGUUAGGGAACUUCCCUGACUGGGUUGGCUUCUACCCAGCAUCCUGCUCUGCCAUGGGGACCUGCCAUGUGGGUUUGCUCUGUUCUGGGCUUUUGCCUUCUGGUCACCAACCCCACAGAUGGCCUCUUCUUCCUUAAGUAGUGAGGAGGCCAAGGAUCCUGCAGACAGACCUUUGGCCCCAGCAGCCAAAAUCUUUUCAAGACAGAAAUUCCAGGGGUGUGUGUGUGUGUACAUGUAUGUGUGCACAUGUGUGUAUGGGUGCAUAUAUGUGUGAGCAAGUGGAUUUAUAUUUGUGUGUAUUGUGACUUACCUGUUUCUGUCUAGUCUUCCCUGGCCUGGGGUCCUCAAAGGGGUUUCUUCCUGGAUCUAUGAAGGGGAAGAGGCCUAGGGGUAACGCCACUCUGCCUUCUUUGCCCCCACCUGCCCAGAGGCCUGUGAUGAUGGUAUAUGACCCCUUCUCAAAGGAAGAGGGAAUAGUGGGGCAGAGAUGUACAUAUGGGGGUGGGGGAGGGAG